ACUUACGCUUUGUGAUUGGUCCGGCGGCUUCUGGGAUCUGUCAUGUGUCCCAGGUACCGCCUUACCAUUCAGAAAAAGCACCGCUUCUUGCGCAUGCGCACUUGGCAACCGGCUGUCAUGCCCAGCGUCCACACUACAGAAGCCGGGAAACACAGCGCGCCGCUGGAUAGAGGAACAGGUAAGGUCCUGCUGCAGAGCUGAGCGGCCGGCCCGGUAUUCUGACACGGUGGCGGUGGAAAUAUCAGACCAGACGGCCGCUCCAUAUUCACUCCAUAAGACGCACUGACAU